AUGUCUUCAUUUAAGAGAUCAAAUGAUAUCUAUGAAGCAUACAAGAUUUUUAAAGUACAUGAGAAUGAUCUUCUAAUAGCAGAAGAUGAAUUUUUAAACCAUAUCCGUAAUCUAAUUCAAUACGCUGAAAAAGAAGGAAAGUUGGAUGAUGUCUUUCAACUUUUAAAAAAUUCCGAAAGUUUUAAAAAAAAUAUUUAUAUUAAAUCCUUCAUAAUUUAUUUAAUGGGAACAAAAUUAUAUAAUAAAAGAAACGCUAGUAAAUUAGAAAUAGAAAAUGCUAUCAAUCUUAUUGAAGAAUCAGCCGGUCUUGGAU